AUGCAGACUACUACCAGUUCCUACGAAGCCGACGGGGGGUAUGCCGCGAAACGAGGACAUGUGCCAACUUUAUCCAUAAGUGAUGACAGCCACCAUGUCACCGAGACUAUUGGCCAUUUGUACGGGGACAGCUAUGAUCGAGAUACUAGGAGGUUAAGUUUUCUACCGACACCGCAAGGCGAGACCCUUUCAGUAUCAACACCCAAUCCAGAAAAUACAAGUUUAGAUGCCGGGAGAAGGAUAGGCGAGGGCUCCGCUGCAGACAAUAGACUCAAGCCGGACUCAACGCGGCCUACGAUCACGAAACAAUCGUCCUUUGAGAGAGACCCGUCCUCACCUGUGCACUUGUCGCCCACGGAUGCCGCUAAUUCCUCCUUUCCAUUGACUGAUAUUGAUUACGAGUCCAAUCCCGAUGCCAUUAAACAGGAGUACCACACCCUCGCCGCUAUACGAAGAAUGUCAAUGGACGUUACCGGAGACCCCGAUUUACCGUCCUACUCAAACUUUCAGGUGCCCUCAAUUGCACCGUCCGCGUCCGCCGACGAGAAUGAUGCCUCUCGAUUGUUCUGGGUUCCGGCCCGUCUCCAUCCAGAGCUGGCACCCAAGGAAUUCAGGUCAUUCCUCGAGAGUAGGAAAGAACAGAUACAAAGAAGAUCGGGCGACUACUCGUCCAGCUUAGGUGUUGAGCGGGAGGAAUCCAAGGGAGGUCUACGUCGGAAACGAUCCAAGUUGUCGAGGCAGAUUGACGAUUCGCAGGAAUAUGUUGACGGCGCGGACCGUCUGGAAAGAAAACGAGCUGAAGCUCAUGAUGCGAAAGGAGACACGGCCAGUCCGAACCUACAAGAAUUGGAGGAGAUUGUAAACGAUAAGAAACAAGUGAAUACAGAGACCCUAGCUCUACUUGGAGGUAUAGAAAAACUCGACCUAUCGACAAGUGAAGAUAAGCCAAUUCUUCCGGCUGCGCCUCCUGGCCAUAGUCUCAAACGAUCUACGAGAACUCAGUAUCGGAAAGGAAGCUUGAAGAAAGGCGAGCGGCUGCCUUAUUCGAAGAGACUCGGAAGAACACCAGAGAUGCUUGCAAAUUCUGUCUCGAGCACGCUGGAAGAUCCUCCGGCUAUUAAACCUCUGAUGCGGUCGUCGACUGAUCCUGGGCGGAGUCUUUCAGAUCGCAAUAUGGUACAGGACAGACCCAAACCAGCGGCCCCGGCACCAGCAUCACCAGCAUCUACUAGCACUGCCUUGGCUCCGGGAAGCACAGUGAAUGCAACCUUUGAGCCAAUGUUAGAACCGAAUGCAGCAAGUUCUUCUCAACGGCAGUGGCAGUCGCGCGUUGGGACGAACGGCCGUUCCACUUUGAACAUUCCACCUUCCGCACAAACAAUACCUCAGAUAAUAGAGACUCCUCCUUCGUCGUCCGAACCCGAGCGACAAUUACAAUCCGGCACCAUUCCUGAGCGUACCUCCUCACAUGAAUCCUCAUCAUCUCAAGCAAAUUCAAUUUACAACAAACGACACACGCCGCAAAGACAAGCUCAAUCACCACAGACUCUUUCAGAUAUUGCCUCACAUCCGUCACCUAUACCGGGGAAUAGUUCGCGGACUGACAGUUUGUCAGUGAUACCAACUUUUGUCGAAGAAAAACGAUCUGAUAGUAAAAAACACAAAGACAAAAAGGAGAGCGAAGGAAGCCGAAAAUCAAGUUGGCCUUGGUCUCGUGGAUCGGAUGACAAGGAUAAAAAGAAGGAGUCAGAGGGGAAGAAAAGCAAGAAACAACAUAUCGGCACUGAAAAGGCAUACGAUAAGCAGGACAACACCCGACUGGAUGUGCUUCAGAAUUCCAUUGAUAGUGUACCUCGAGGUCGCGAAAGUCUGAUCUUGGAACGUCCUGUCGAUCAGCGAUUGGAAGAAGAACGAAGAAAAGAGAGUCAACGAAAGUCGUCCGACUCCAAACGGGACAAAGAAUCAGGGCUCCUCUCAUCGAUAUUUGGCGGCGGCAAGAAGAGGAGCGGAUCCGAUCACAAAAAGAGUCUAUCUCGAACAUUAUCCCCGGAACCGACAUAUGUAAAAUUAAUACCAGACCAGGAUUACCCAUGGACGCGAUUUCCGAUUAUGGAAGAGCGAGCUAUAUACCGUAUGGCGCAUAUCAAACUGGCGAAUCCUCGUCGACCGCUUCAUUCGCAGGUUCUUCUCAGCAAUUUCAUGUAUUCAUAUUUAUCCAAAGUGCAGAAGAUGCAUCCGCAACUGUCGAUCCCGACUUCACCAUCCCAGAGAGUCCAGCAGCAGCAGCAGCAGAUGGACCAGCCUGAUGAGUAUACUCAGUAUCAACGUUACCAAGAGCAAUACUCAGAGCAGACCUAUGAAGAAUACAACUAUAGCUCCGACGAACAUGGUGAUCAAUACGUCUCUGAGCGACAAGACUAUGAAAACGGCAACGUUUACGGAACGAAUCAUCAUCAACAACAUUACGAUGGAUCCUACGGCUCUCUAGGCGACGCAGCACAACUAGAAAAUGACGAAGAAAUGUGGUGAUGGCCGUGACAUCACGAACUCAGGUUGCUCUUUGCAUGUGGCAUAUCUAUACAAGGAUGAAGGGAACGGGACUACGGCGUUGACUGUGUUUUACAGCUUCUGAAUAUAAUGAAGUGAGGUUUUAUCGAUUGGAAUGCUUUGCGGUCCUGUACGGAGUACUGUCCAUCGAAAAAGCAUUAUGGUUACCGACUGACUGACUUUCGCUUAUUCUGUCUUUGUUUUUCCUUUUUCCCCCCCCCUUAUUUCUAUCUAUCUUAUAUUUAUCAUUGGGAAUUGCUUUGCACACUGGCGUCAGAAACUGGGCAUAGCGUCUCGAUGGAAUGGGAUCACCGUUUUUCUCUUCUAGUUCGCCCAUUUUGUGGGUGUUGAUGUUGUCUGUUUUGUCGUUGUCUGCUCUGCUAUUGAACAGCCUUAUGCUCCGUGUACUGAAUACAUGACCUGGACUAUA